UUGGAGACCAGUGGCAGUAAAACAUCCUUGUUGUUGAUACAUCAACUGCAAUCUUUUGCUUACUUGUCAAAAUAUAACGUCUGUCCUUCCAACCCAGGUUCAAACGUAAUCCACAUCCACAAAGCUAAUUACGGCCGGACAGAUAAAACUACCUGCUCUUCUGGACGACCUGCAAAUCAGCUCAGCAAUACCAACUGCUACGCUCCCACAACACUCCCCAUAAUAAGGGAUCGGUCAGUACAUGACAUUAAAAAGACACAAGUUCUGCUGUUUAAAUGGGUUACUUUGUAUUCAUCCAGAUUGGAGACCAGUGGCAGUAAAACAUCCUUGUUGUCGAUACAUCAACUGCAAUCUUUUACCUGCUUGUCAAAAUAUAACGUCUGUCCUUCCAACCCAGGUUCAAACGUAAUCCACAUCCACAAAGCUAAUUACGGCCGGACAGAUAAAACUACCUGCUCUUCUGGACGACCUGCAAAUCAGCUCAGCAAUACCAACUGCUACGCUCCCACAACACUCCCCAUAAUAAGGGAUCGGUCAAUGUGA